UAAAACAAAAUAAAAUGAAUUUACCCGACAAACCUGAGCAAGUGGCCAAGGAUAAGCUGCGCGAAAUGCAGUGCAAGUUCAAUCCCCUCUCGCGCUGCGACGGUUCCGUCAUGUAUUGCCAGGGAGCAACUGUUGUCAUAUCCGCGGUGCUGGGUCCCAUCGAGGUGAAGACACAGAAUCUGAGCAUAGACGGAAGCUAUCUGGAGUGCAAUUAUAGGCCGAAGGCAGGUCUGCCGCAGGUCAAGGAGCGUAUACGAGAAGCUGCCGUUCGGGACGUGCUGGAGCUGGCCCUGCUGUCCGAGGCCUAUCCGCGCUCAAAGAUGUCUCUGCAGAUACAGGAGCUGGAGGACAGAGGAAGUAUCGAUGCCUGUGCCCUGAACUCCGCUUGCCUGGCGAUGCUCAUUGGUGGCCUGCCCCUGAAAUGCAGUUUUGCGGCAGUCCACUGCAUUAUCAAUGAACAGGGAGAGUAUAUUCUAGACCCGGACCAAAGAGAAACGGAGCAUGAGCGAGCCAGUUUCACCUUCGCUUUCGACUCGCUGGAGGGAAAUCUGCUGCUGGUGCAGACAAAAGGAUCCUUUAAAAUAGCCGAAUUCAACGAUGUGGAGAGUCUGUGCCGAUCGGCCAGUGCGGAAAUCUUGCAGUUCUAUCGCACCAGCAUUUCAAAUUAUCAUUGCAGAAGGUCCGAUACAAAGACCAGCGAAGAGCAAAUGGAAACGUAAUUGUAGGCGAUUAAAAGUUAGGUUCGAUUAACGCUCGUUUUUAUUUUAUGUAA